CUUACAUUCCGCUUUCCCACUCCAUUUACCCCGCUUCCUCCCCGCCACCCACAUCGUCUCUCCUACCCGCCACAUAUAUACUUAACUCACACAUCUACGCCUUUUCCUUCCUUCUUUCGCUUCUUGAUUCUUUCUCCGACGGGCCUUAUCAGUCUCAUCAUGCCCACUUCCCCGAAACGGUCCCGCUCUGAGAAUGACAUCCUUGUCCCUCUUCCCAAUCCCUCAACCUUCGGCAGCUCGUCUCGUAACUCUCUGGCUCCUUCCACGUCCACGCAGCCACCAUCUGCUCUCCCUGUCACACGACGUCAAGCACUGACGCGCUCGCGUUCAACCUCAUACAACGUGUCCUCUCGUGGCGUGACCACUCGUCGUAACUGCGCUUUGUCAGCUUCAUCCUCCGUUCCCAACGUCGGCUUGCCUUCUGGCUCCCUGAUCGGUAAUGGGGAUGGCCUUGGCCUUGGCAUUACUAUUCUUCCUUCUAGGUCGCGUAUGACGGGCACAGGUAUGCUUCUGCGAACACAAUCUACGCCUAUGUUAUCUACGACGUCCCAAGCGUCCUUAAAAGCCGUAGCCGCCGGUGCUGACUCAAGCGGAUGUGUUGAAAAGUCCGAAAAAGAUGGUUUCGACUAUACGAGACUACGUAGAGGAAAGGAGAAUAUUCCUCCCAAGAAGAAUGAAGAAAACGACGACGACGCGCCGAGAAAGAGGCUCAGGAUAACUAGUCGAAGUAGCUUCAGUGACGCGUCUGGGAGGCGAAGGAGUGGUAGUGUUGUCAGCGUAAGGAGUGAAACCAGUGGUGGUCGACAUGGUUCACUAGCUCCUUCUACGUCCUCUUCUUCCAUUUCUUCUUGGGCCACCGGCUAUUUCCCUUCUCCUAAUCCCAGUGAAUCUUCCUUUUGUACUAGCAACUCGGAUCUCCCAACUCCAUCUCGCGCACUUGAAAAGUCGUCUUCCAGCUCCGAAGUGCCCGAUACCCCGACCAAAUCACGCAUCAAUCAAGCCACUUGUCUGCUCACUCCUCCACCAUCUUCCCCGGAAUUUGCGACUGAAGUCAUUGCAAACUUCAAACCAGCUAGAGAAGCGAGUCCUUAUAAACAACUCAAGGCUGCUCUUCGUCUUUGCACCAUCUCUGGAUAUACCGCCAACGAUAUGAUUGUCGGCCGAGAAGAGGAGAAGGCUGCAAUUUCCCAAUACCUUUUUGAUGAGGAAAAUGACAAGGACGUUGGUAUGUACGUGUCAGGCCCUCCAGGAACAGGGAAAACCGCUUUGGUCACUGCUUUCGGCAGGCAAAAAGCCGAACAGGGAUGGAGAGUGGUUGAAGUGGGUUGUAUGGGCCUCAAAGUCAAUGACUUGUGGCCCAGGUUAGGAGACGAACUUGGUUGCGGGAAGACGGAGGAAGAGGUGACGAAGUUCGUAAAACUAAAUGCGUCGCAAAUCCUUAUAAUCCUGGACGAGGUUGACUCACUUAUGCCUCCAACUCCUUCCACAGUGCCUCCAGCUACUUCUCAUCUUUUCGCCAAGCUUUUUUCUCUUCCUUUUGGUUCGCCUAACACAAAGCUUAUUGCUAUCUCCAAUACCCUCGAUCUCACCAUCCGGGCCCGUCUUGUCCUUCCUAAUGGUCUUCAACCAUCCGUCCUUCCUUUCAAAGCCUAUGGUGCGCCAGAGAUAAGUAACAUCGUCAAUGCGCGUAUCGCCACCGCCAACAUCCAGGAUAUUAAGGUCGACUCAGCGGCCAUAACACUUCUCGGUCGAAAGGUGGAAGCCCAAAAUGGUGAUCUUCGAAUGUGCCUUGGAGUCCUCGGUUCGGCUAUCUCUCUCGCCGAGGCCGAAUGGAUAAAGAAACGCUCGCAAGCAGUCAAUGAUCCGUCCAGGAAGGUACCCAUGAUCAAGGUUGCCAUUCCCCAUAUCAUGAAAGCCCUGGCAUCUUAUACCGCCCAACUUCGUGCUUCUGCGGGAUCAUCUACUGGUUCAACUUCUGCAGCUGGCAAAAAGAUCAAAUCGGUUCAGCUGCAAGGCAAGAUGGUCCUUGUGGCGUUAUUGGUCUAUCUGGCUCGUUCAAGAGCUGGUAUGAAUGGCUGCCCCGCUCUUGGCACCACUGUUUCACCACCUGGCACCCCUGCAACUGGGUCCGACAUCCCAGUUGCCGCACUUUACGCUACUUACUCCUAUCUCCUUUCUCAGUCAUCUUCCCCCUUCCCUCCAGCCGCGGAAAGUGACUACCAGGAUCUGCUUUCCAAUCUUGAAACCUUGGGCUUGAUUAGUCUUCCGUCUGGCACUGGCAAGUGGGCUAAUAUGAGUACGAACAAAGUAGUGCUUUGCGUAAGGGAAGAGGAAGUGAAAGACGGUAUGGGCUUGUUGGAAGGACAGGAUAAAGGCGUAGGAGAGGAAGAAGUCAAGCGUAUUUGGGAGAGAGAGGUGGCCAAGGUUCAACGGGUGAAGCAGCGAUUGGGAGCGGGCGUCGAAUCAUGAUCAUUAAGCAUGUCCUUCGAAAUUAGUUUGGGACAUUUCAUGCCUAAUAAGUUAAUGUCUAAGUUGUCAAUAGUCUAUAUAGCUGUCAUGUAUAUGUGUA